AUGAUCCCGACAGCUCGAUGUCUGGCCGCCAAACCCGCUGGCUUCUUUAAGCGCAGCGCAGAAGAAUUCUCCCGCUUGUCGCGAAUCGCCUGGAAUUCUGAAGCUCUCCACACACCAACCAAGCCCUAUGUCCUUCUCGAUUUCGAAGACGAAUCCUCCGUCGCCAGCUGUAAGACCAUGGCUGAUCGCGCCGUCGGAGGCUACAGCACGGCCAGUCUAGACUACGUCCCUGCCGAUCCAUCCUCGAACAGUCCUGCUCACGCCCGUUUCCACGGGAGUAUAUCGACAAAGCUACCAAACAAUUGGAGAGUCGAGCGCACUGCACACGACCCAAGGGUCCACGCUGACAACAACCGUCCAGGCUAUGCUGCUUUUCGUAACAAGGAUCGCGGCUUCUGGCUGUUCGGUCGGCUCUACUGGGACGUCGACCCCUACACCUAUCUCGCGCUACGUGUCAAAUCCGACGGCCGUCGAUACACCGUUAACAUCCAGACCGACUCCAUCGUCGAGACCGAUAUCCACCAACACCGUCUCUACACGCGUCAUCACCGGGUCCAGGAUGCCGCCGCCCGCGACCACCUCUCGCCGUACGCCUCUUCCACAGCAACCGAGUCACCCGAGCUCGCCGAGACCCUGUACCCCGGCGGCAUUCCGCCGGCCCUGUCGGAUGUGCCGCCCGAGUCGACGAUCAUGUCAUCCACGACCACGACGUCUGGCUCCACGGGGUGGGAGACGAUCUUACUGCCACUGAACUCUUUUGUGCGGACGAACCACGGGCUGGUGGUCGAACCGCAGACGUCGUUGCUGCGUCAGCGGGUGAAAAGUGUUGGUAUUGGGUUGACGGACCGGAUCGAGGGUCCGUUCGAUCUGCGGAUCCAUCGGAUCUGGGCGACGAAUGGCAUGAGCGAGGGGGAAAUCGAGGAGGAGAGACGUAUCUGCGGUGCGGAUGCGUUACCCGUCGAUGAAGGUGUUGACAGCGAAUGGACGAAAGAGUCUGCUGAUAGUUCCCGGUCGAGGGAGGAACGCGGCUCCAAAGGAAAGGGUCUGAAGGGACUGCGUGAUGAGUGGGAGUAA